UUCGCUCUCUCCAGCGCACUUGGCGAGCUGAAGAGGUGAGGGAUCCUGCGAGCAGACGUGGGGCUGCGAGUCCCCAGCCACCCGCGGAGGGGCGGCUUGGACAGACCGACUCUCCCUUGCUCUCCGGCCCCCGCCUCCCCCUAUAGCCAGCCGGACCUGCACUCCGCGCUUGCCCCCGCUCAUCUUCCCCCCCUCCCCGCCCGGCGCGCUCCUCCCCGGCCAGCCCCUCGGCGCGCGGCGCGCUGGAGGCGAACGCGGGCUGAGCUGAGCGCAGUGGCCGCCGACCACCGAGCGCCCCGCGCCGCUCCCUGCAUGUGCGGCCCGCGGCGGCUCGCAGCCCCCGGCAGCAGCCUCGGCAGCUUCGGCCGCGCCUCGAGAGGCGGCUGCGGUGGCUCCAGCAGUGGCCGAGCGGCCGAGCCCGGGCUGGGAGACACGAUGCGCCGCGUCCUCCGGCUGCUCCUAGGCUGCUUCCUCACCGAGCUGUGCGCCCGCGUGUGCCGGGCGCAGGAGCGAGCGGGACACGGGCAGCUGGCGCAGCUGGGCGGCGUGGUGGUGCUGACUGGGGGCAACCGCUCCGGGGCCGCCUCCGGAGAGGCGGGCGAGGGCGUGGGGGUCUCGGACGCGCCCCCGACCCGGGCGCCCACGCCGGACUUCUGCCGGGGCUACUUCGAUGUCAUGGGCCAGUGGGACCCGCCGUUCAACUGCAGCUCGGGCGACUUCAUCUUCUGCUGCGGGACUUGUGGCUUCCGGUUCUGCUGCACAUUUAAGAAGCGGCGACUGAACCAGAGCACCUGCACCAACUACGACACUCCUCUCUGGCUCAACACUGGCAAGCCCCCAGCACGCAAGGACGACCCCCUCCACGACCCCACCAAGGACAAGACCAACCUGAUCGUUUACAUCAUCUGCGGGGUGGUGGCGGUCAUGGUGCUCGUAGGCAUCUUCACCAAGCUGGGACUAGAGAAAGCGCACCGACCCCAAAGGGAGCACAUGUCCAGGGCCCUCGCAGAUGUCAUGAGGCCCCAGGGCCACUGCAACACUGACCAUAUGGAGAGAGACCUCAACAUCGUGGUCCAUGUGCAGCAUUAUGAGAACAUGGAUACCAGAACCCCCGUAAAUAAUCUUCACCCCACCCAGAUGAACAAUGCAGUGCCCACCUCGCCUCUGCUGCAGCAGAUGGGCCACCCACACUCGUACCCCAACCUGGGCCAGAUCUGCAACCCCUAUGAACAGCAGCCUCCUGGCAAGGAGCUCAACAAGUACGCCUCCUUGAAGGCAGUCGGAAGUUCUGAUAGUGACUGGGCAGUGGCAACACUUAAGUCACCGAAAGCCGACAAGGUAAAUGACGACUUCUACACCAAACGCCGGCACCUGGCCGAGCUGGCCGCCAAGGGGAGCCUACCUCUGCACCCCGUAAGAGCGGAGGAGGAGCCGCGGGCCCUCAGCCCAGAGCACGGCCCCGCCAAGCAGAACGGACAGAAGUCUCGUACCAACAAGAUGCCCCCACACCCCCUGGCCUACAAUUCCACCAUCAACUUCAAGGGCUGGGACCCCAACGAGCAGUCUCUUCGGCGGCAGGCUUACGGCAACAAAGGCAAGCUCGGCACGGCCGAGUCCGCCUCCAGCGACCCCUUGGGGACGCGCACCCAGCACUACCCGCCCCCACAGCCAUACUUCAUCACCAACAGCAAAACAGAAGUGACUGUCUGAGCUUUUGCUUCAGAGCGUCCUGGAGAUCACACUCAACUGAGAGGCAAAAAAAAAUCCUGGUCCGCCCUCUCCCUGGCCCACCCCGAACAACCACCCACACACUCACCCUCCAUACCCACCAACCAGAAACCUGCUGGUGACCUGGAAUCGCGCGUUUCCUGGGUCAUGCCUAACCUGUGUCGGGGGUGCAGCUGAGCAGUAUCGAGGCAUGGACGUCCAGCAAUACAGCAAAGGGAAACUGAGGCACGCUCUUUCGACUUCAGGCCCAAGGUGGCCAGCUCACAUGCCCAAACCACAGGGCUAAUUUUUCUUUUCCUCCGAACUUGAAACUAAACAAAUCCAUGAUGAAAAAUAACAGUAGCACAAUUUAGAGAAAUUGUCCACUUGAGCACAUAUACCACUUGCCAUGUGCUGUCUGUUUCUGGGUGAGUGAGCCCGGGUGGGAGGGGGCAGAGAAUGAGGGGGCACUGCCGAGGAGUGCGCUUGAGAAGAGGCGUCAUUUUGCAGAGGGAAACCUGUGCACAUGAUAAGCCUUUUCUAAGCCUGAGAAGUGGUAACACGGGAUACACAGUUUUGAUGAGUGUGUGACAGUAACUGGACCCCAACCAUUCUACUUACAGUCCUUUUCAUAUCAGCAAUGUUGGAAGCAAAAAAAACAACACACACUCAAACUCAGAACAAAUAAAUGACCCUGAACCCACCGACAGUGAUCAGGAAGAAAGAACGCUUUAAAACACCCCUAAGGAUUGUGAACAUGGAAAUGGGGGUGGGGGAGAUAGGCUUUUCUGGCGGGGAGAGGGUCCUGAGAGUAUUAACUUUUUUUAAAGAAAAUAAAAAUAUAAGCCCACUACAAAAGAGAUGAAAACAGCAAAUUGACUGUUGUCCAAAAAAUGUUCAAGGCUUAGGAAUAUCAACAAUGACAUUUAAAAAACAAUAAAAAAAUCACUGAUGAAAGGUCUACAAGAGGUGAGAGGGGGACCCGUCCCCCUUGCCUCUGAGACAAGACACCGACACGGAAACCAGCCCUCUAUUAACUGUCGGUCCCUGACUCCCUUCUUUCCAGCCCGUUGCCGCCGCCGCUGCCAAACUUCAACUGCUUUGGACUGAAAAAUGUCAUAAGCGUGGGUGGUGCCUUCGAUGUGUUACUGUUUAAGGACAGUCUUGUAUCCCAAGUGCAACCUGUGUUCUCUUCGCCCCGCUCUGUCCUGUUUUUCUGCAGUAUUAGAUGUUUCCAUCCUCCCACUGUUGGUGAGCCCACCCCAUCACACCCUCUGAGGGGGCUGCUGCAGUGUCGGGGGGGACCCAAAGACCGAGCCCUUCCUAGCCCCCACCCUGUCAAAAACCCACGAGCUCUGCCAUUUUCUAGCUCCCCAAACCUGUCAGACGUUUCUGCGUCCUCCAAACCACCUCUUCAGCAUGCUCAUCUCCCAUCCAGAACUUUCUGAGGAUGUUUUCAGGUUGGUUCUCAGAGCCAGCAGCCCUUGGGUGUCCCGGCAAAGGCAAUUUUCACACUAGUUCUCUUUGUGUAGUGGAAGCCCAAAGAAGGUUGUCGAGAAAGCCGAGAUUUUCAUUUAAGGUGAGAUGUUUUCAGCCAAUCCCUAAAGGUCUUAGCUAAGUAACAGGAACCUUUGAGAGACCCCUUAGCUGUUUCGGUUUCAGAAGCUGCCCAUGGUCUGGUCCAUCCAGACGCAGAGCAUUUCCUGGGAGGCUGAACUCCAGCGUCCGUCUCACCAUCUCUCUACUCUGACAUCAUGGAGUUCCUUCUCCUUUUCACUCCCAAUUGAUCUGGGGGCACUGACCAUACACUUUCUCUCUCUGGGUUUUAGUCUCCCAUCGGAACAUGAGGAAUUGGGGCUAGAUCAAGGCUUUUCACGCUUUUUGAAAUAGCAGAACCUCUGCCCAUUUUAAAAUAACGAAAUUGUGCCCAGAAGCCCCUAUAGAAGACCCCCUUUUAUAACGAGGCUCUGUGCUGGACGAAGCAGGGGUGGGAGGUUCAGUGUCCACAUUCUCAGUCUCCCCCCUGAGACCCCAGUGCUCCCCAGAAUGGAGUAAACACUGCUGGCCUUGGAACUGAUUCAUUUUUAAACACGUUUAACUUUUAAAAGGAAAACUUGCUGCAGUCAUCACAAAUAGAAAACCAGUAUCAGUCACCCUAAGUAGAAAGUAAGUAUAAAAAUAAGUACAAAGAAGUAACUGUUAAGUUCUAGCUAGAUACUGUUGUCUGUGGAAAGCUCUGAACCUACAACCUGUCUUUUGUGUUCCCUCCCUCCCUCCCUUUUCUCUAUCAAAAAGAGAUCAGCAGAUGUUAGAGAUGUCAAAGAUAUACCAGCAUCUAAUGGAGACUUUCUCCUUGAAGUAACCAGAUGGACCGACAAAUGCAAAGGGAGCCAUGUUGUGUGUGACUCAGUGUUAACUAGUGCUAUAUUCACGUACUUCUCAUAGUCAUUUUGCGUACGCUAGUGGCACACAGCCCACAUACUUCAGGACAUACGGGGCUGGCUCACCUCUGAGGUUCCCUCCAGCUCAAAACGUCUGUGAUCCUGGUCUCCCUUUUGGUUCCUGUUUGCUCCUUGCCCUCCUCCCAUCUUGAUCCCAACCCUGAUCAAGGAGCUUUCUUGGUCUCUGAAUCUGCAGGAUUUUAUUUGUUUUCCACGUUCCCUUCUCUCCUGAGAUAAUGUCAUCCAGUGAGUUUUGUGAGUGAGGGACUCUGCAGCUAUAAUUUUGGCAGGAAAGUUGUGGCGUGGUCAAAAGGAUGUAGCAGUGAUGGCAGCCCCAGAAGAACGGUACUUCUCAGCCUCAUUAUCUUCUGGUUGGCUUUGGGAGCCCAGCCGAGGGGAGAAGUAUGGCCAGGGAAGUUUAUUCUUUGGCUCCCUCUUGGGAGGGCGGACAGACCUCGUGAUGCUGGAAGACUAUCGUGAGGGAUGACGUAGGGAACUGUGACUGCCAUGUAUCAACAAGGAUGCAGUAGCCAGAGUGGAGGGACAUAGAAGAGAGAAACCAGAGCAAAGCCGAGAGACUGACUCUCCCCUCCCCUCCAUGCCCUGUCACUAGUCUUGACUAGCCUUUAGCUAUCCCCGACUUCUAACCCAGUGGGUCCUGUCUGACUGCCCUUUGCCCUCCCAGAGCGUCUCAGCCUCCAUCUGCCUUGGGCUCUGCCUGGCCUCCCCCAUCUAACUCCCCCAGUUUUUGUGCAAAUGGAGCAUAUUUUAUGUGCGAAUAUUUUAGUAACCGUAUGUUCUGCAAGUAAACCUGUGUUAAUACUUGUCAACAACUGCAGAGUUUAUGAAACCAAUAACACUUCCUACAACGAAGAAAAAAAAACAUUUGUUUGUUUUCUAAGAAUGUUUAUUUGUAAACAUAUGUAUUCACUAUAUUAAUAUGAAUUUCUUACCUGGCAAUAAAACUGAUUAUAUGUGA